CCGGGUAAGAUUGAAGAAAGUGUAGUAAAUUACAGUGUGGCGGUGCGGCGAUCUGGCGGGAGGUCGAUUGUGAAACUGCGGUCGGGAUCGUUAUCAGCGCUGUCUCGCUGUCAGCCAGGAGAAACAUUGACCCGGACAAAGUGCAGGAGCCAGCGGGGAGACACCGGGAGACACCGGGAGCCAGCGGCGGCAGCGGCCGAACCGAGCGCGCAGGCUGUGGUCAUGGAGCAGGAAAAGACAACAUGGAAAGAGUUCAUAGAGAACAUCAGUGUCCUGCAGUGGGUACUGACCUUCCUUAUCAUGGGUAUCUCCUGCACAAUUUUGAUGUUAUACCUGAUAUUUACCUCUCUGUGGCUGCUGUCAGUGCUGUACUUCAUCUGGAUGGUGAUAGAUUGGGACACUCCAGAGAGAGGGGGCAGGAGAUCAGACUGGAUCAGGAACUGGAGUGUUUGGAAACACAUCAGGGAUUAUUACCCUGUCACGCUGGUGAAGACAGCAGAAUUAAGCCCCAGUAAAAACUUUGUGUUGGGGUACCACCCACAUGGGAUCAUGUGUGCUGGAGCCUUCUCCUGCUUCAGCACUGAAGGAGCGGGAUUCUCGGCAGCGUUCCCAGGAAUUCAAUCCCACCUCGCCACGCUGGCUGGCCUCUUCCGACUGCCUCUCUACCGAGACUACCUCAUGAGUUCUGGUACUGCCCGUCUGCUCUCAGCCUGAGCUUUACACUCAGUGCAGUGUUAAUGUACUGUAGUGUCCAGUGUGUCUG